AUGAACCCUACCCCCCGUAACUCCAAGGUUGAGGAGACCAUCGCUCAGAUUAAUCGGAACCUUGAAACACUCCCAGACAGGUAUGGUUGGCCUCGACAGAGUGUGAAUGGGUAUCGUAUUCAGGAGCAGCUAUCUGGCACAGAACGACCCAUACGAAUUAUUCAUGUCGGAGCAGGCGCAUCGGGGAUAUGCUUCUCGAAAUUUGCGGCCGAAUUGCUGCACAACGCGAAAUGGGUAUGCUAUGAUAAAAAUGCCGAUAUUGGGGGUACGUGGCUGGAGAACAGAUAUCCAGGAUGUGCCUGCGACAUCCCUUCCGUGAACUAUCAGUUUACCUGGGCCCGAAAACCUGACUGGUCACACUUCUACUCAUACUCGGAAGAAAUUUGGCAAUAUUUUGCCGACGUUGUCGAGCGGUUCCAGCUACGCAAGUACAUGAAAUUAAAUCACGAGAUCAUCGAUGCUACCUGGGACGAGGACCUUGGGGUAUGGAAUGUGCAGGUCAAAAAUCUCAUAACAAAUGAGGUGUUUGUGGAUCAAGCCGAAAUCCUCAUCAAUGGCGGAGGAGUACUGAAUGCGCACAGCAAUUGGAAGUGGCCAGAAAUUCAAGGACUGCACGACUUCGAAGGCGUACUUUGUCAUACAGCAAACUACCCUGUGAACACCACUUUGGACAAUAAACAGGUUGCAGUCAUCGGCGUUGGAAGCAGCGGCAUUCAGGUCACAGCAAACAUUGCGUCCAAGGUCAAAAAGCUAUAUACCUGGGUACGGUCACCAACAUGGAUCACUGCCGGAUUCGCUCAAAAGCGUGAACAGUUCAUCACCAACGGGGCUGAUGGGAUUGCAGACACCGAAAAACAAAAAAGAGACUUCGCCGAGAACUUUCCGGAAUAUGUGGCAUACACUAAAGCCAUUGAAGACGAACUCAAUCAGCGAUUCAAGUUCAUUCUAGCAGGUACACCUGAAGCGCAAGAGGCCAAGGAGUUUUCCACACAACAAAUGCAUGAGAAGCUGAAUGGUCGUAAGGAUCUGAUUGACACGAUUGUCCCCACAACCUUUGGGGUAGGUUGUCGGCGACCCACGCCAGGAAACGGAUUUUUGGAAGCCCUGACCCUUCCACAUGUCACGACUUUCAGCAAAGAGAUGAAAAGAGUCACCUCGAAAGGGUUUAUCGAUCACGAUGGACAGGAACAUGAAGUCGAUGUUAUCAUCUGUGCCACGGGGUUCAAUACAUCAUGGGUGCCUCGAUUUCCCAUCGUGGCCAGAGGUAAGAAUGUCCAAGACAUUCAGAAGGAGAAGCCGAUAUCGUACUUGUCGAUCGGGAUUCCUGAAAUCCCCAACUACUGGACCGUCACCGGUGCCUACGGCCCCCUGGGCCACGGGUCAUUUCUGCCCAUCAUCGAACUACUCAUGCGUCAUUUCAUACAAGUGAUCAAGAAGAUGCAAACGGAAAACAUCACGGCGAUGGCCCCACGACGAGCCGUGUGCGACGCGUUCAUAGAGCAUGCGGAUCUGUACCUCCAGCGCACGGCCUGGGCGUCGGGAUGUCGCAGCUGGUUCAAACAGGGCAAGGAGGACGGACCCUUGGCCAUGUGGCCCGGCUCGAGGCUUCUCUACUUUGAGUUGCUGGCUCAGCCGCGCUACGAGGACUACGACAUCAAGUAUCAGAGCGGCAAUCCCUUUGGCUUCUUGGGCAAUGGUUUUACAACCCGAGAGUAUGAUGGCAGAGACAUCUCUUACUAUCUGGGCACCAGGGACGCUCCGGGGGCCUUGAUUUCUGCGACGAUGAACAACGCCCCCGUUCGAUCCGCCGAAGAUGGACCAGCUGCCUAG